AUGAAUCAGAGUUUCCAGGAAUGGUUAAGUGCUGCAGUACAGAAGUAUAAGGGAGAGGAAUUAUUAAGAAUUUGUAUGGUAUGUUGGUCUAUCUGGAAUAACAGGAACAGCAUAGUUUGGAAUCAGAAAGGCGCAGAGUUUGUAGAGGUGGUAGCUUCAGCUACCCAAUUCCUUGAUCACUGGAAAAAUGCACAAGACAGGUCGUAUGACUCCUCCUUUGGGUUUAUGACCCUAAAUGAUGGGGAAGUGCAUUGGAAACCACCACAUGAAGGAACGAUUAAGGUGAAUACAGAUGCUGCGUUGUUUGAGGAUUCUAAUUGUUAUGCUUAUGCUAUAGUAGCUCGUGAUCAUGAGGGGAAGCUGGUAGAGGCUAUGUCGAGUUGCAGACAAGGAAGGGUGGAUCCAGAGCUAGCAGAGGCCAUCGGAAUAAGGGAAGCACUCAGCUGGAUCAAAGCUAAAGCGUGGCCAAGUGUAAUUCUGGAAACGGAUUGCCUGACAGUAACACAGGCUAUUCGCUGCUCUUCGAUCAAUCUUUCUUAUCUGGGAAGAGUGAUAGAUGAGUGUAAGCAUCUACUUACUGAAUUAGUUAACCGCGAGGUGGUUCUAAAAUUUGUUAAACGUUCUGCGAACAGCGUGGCUCAAUUCAUAGCGAGACAUAGUAGUUCAUUAGCUGAUCGUGUUUGGAGAGGGGAAGAUGUCCCUCCCGAUUUUAUUCAUGUAUUGUUUAAUGAUUUGAGAGUUUGA